AGCAUUAGUGUUCGCUCGUCACUCGUCAGUACUCAGUGGAGGAGGCGGCGGCGGGGAGGGAGACAGAUGCGGGAGGCCCACCGCGGGGUCGCCGGACCAGAUGGACACGCCGGAUAGGCCCCGCGCCGGCGCCGGCGCCGGGUUCGAGGAUUCUCCUGUGUUCAAUUUCAUCAACAAUCUCUCGCCUAUACCACCACCUAAACCUUUAGACUCAGCACAUAAUGUGCAGCUAUUCAAGUCAUCAGAUUUGGCACCUGUUUCUUCGAUCUUUGCCUCACCACAUGUUAAUCCAACAAAGGGAACUAAAGUUCUGAUCAGGGACGAAUCUGUUCAGCUUCCUCAUGAAUUGCACUCACCUAGCAGUGUCAGAACUCGGAUAGGCACCUCAGGCUCUUUUAGAAUGAUCAGAUGCAAAGACAUUGUGCCAGAGAAUUGUAAUAUCACUUGUCAACUAAACGAGGCAUCUAUUGAUUCUUCAGAUCAUACAUCAAGCUCUACAGGCCAAUUGACUCAAUCCAUAAAAGAUGCUGCUGGCAGUAUGGAAAGCGAUAAGGAUCAAUGCGCUGGUGGUAAAAUAGACCUUACCAUGUCCCAGGAGUGCACAGGCCUAGAAGGUAUGAACCUUGAUGAGAGUAGCCCAGACAGAAUGGAUUCAUCACAUUCUGGGAUAGUUGUUCAUGAAAACCAGCUAUCUGAACAAAACAAUGAUGAACCUGCGGCAUAUAAUGGGGUUUACAUGAUUACACACCAAUCAAGUAGUGAUAUGCUGACUUUAGCCGUACCAUCUGGAACAGAAGCACAACCAAUGAAUGAUACACAAAAGGCUGAUAAUCCCUACCCUUGUGAAUCCUUGUUGGAUGUUCAGUCAAGUGGAAAUUGCACCCAAAAUUCUGUGCAUGAACCCCAUCUGUACUGGAACGGGGCAGUUGAAGGGGCUGCAGUAGCUUAUACUCCCCAAGCACUUCCUGGUGCUUUGCAAAGUCAGUUGAUGCCAUGUAACAAGCUCAAUGAGCCAAAAGAUUACAUGCCUACUGAGCAAAAUGCUUUGUCACAGCAUUUACGUGGCAUGCGUAGGCGCAGCCUUUUCAAUGAAAAGGCUGGGCUUAGUAAUAAAGGUGUAGACAAAGCUUCAGAUCAUCAUCCUGUAAAUUCAACUACCCCCAAAUGCAAAACCAUUUCUGGUGACAACUCAAAGACUCUAAGAACCCCCCCAUGUGCAUUGCCUGGUAUUGGCUUGCACUUGAAUGCCCUUGCCGCAACUGCAACACCUAAAGAGAAAAUAGUCCCUCAAGACAUUCAGUCUACUAUAAAUGAAUCAAGUAACUUGAUAGGCCCUGCUGGAUCUUCUCCGGCACCUUCUGAGCAAAACAUUAUAAAUGAUGAUUUCACUCAAACAACUGAUGUUGCAACCGCUGAAGCUUCUAGUCAGGGUAGUCCCAAGAAGAAAAGGCAUAAGUUUGAUAGUGGUGAUGGCACUUCAUGCAAGCGUUGUAGUUGUAAGAAGUCCAAAUGCCUGAAACUUUACUGUGAGUGUUUUGCUGCUGGAGUCUAUUGUUCUGAGCCUUGUUCGUGUAUCGGCUGUAUGAACAACCAGAGUCAUACGGAAACUGUUCUAUCUACGCGGCAACAGAUUGAAUCUCGCAAUCCAUUAGCAUUUGCUCCUAAAGUAAUUCAUACAUCUGAGCCUGGUCUGGAACUAAGGGACUUCUCCAAUAAAACUCCUGCUUCAGCUCGUCACAAAAGGGGAUGCAAUUGCAAGAAGUCGUCAUGUCUAAAAAAAUACUGUGAAUGUUUUCAGGGUGGUGUGGGAUGCUCCAUAAGUUGCAGAUGCGAGGGCUGUAAGAAUGCUUUUGGAAAACGGGAGGGGGCUGCCGUGUUAAGCAUAGAGGAACCUAAGCAGGGAUUGGAAGAAAAGGAUGUUUGUGUGAAAGAAGAGAAAAGUGAAAUCGAGAAACAGCUUGUUGUCUACCAAACUCCUGAUGAUGCUCCUGCUGAAAAUGUACUGACCACACCUUCCAUGGUGCAGUGCAGACCCUUGGCUUGUCGUCCACCCCCAAGCUCCAAGAAAAGCUCCAAAAAACCACGAUCUUCAACAAAACUCACUGGACAUCCUUCGCGGUUGUGCAACUUACAAGCUCCUCCGAAGACCGACACUAUGCUCUCCCCAUUCGAAAACUACGCGGAAAUGGUCCUUGGUGAUAGCACAUCGGAUAUCCUCAAGGGAAAUUCAUCUCCUCAAACUUCUGUUAAAGUGGUGUCACCAAACAAGAAGCGAAUCUCUCCCCUGCGAAUGGGUACCGGGCUAUCUCCAAUCUGUAGGAGUGGCAGGAAGCUGAUUUUAAAGUCCAUUCCUUCUUUCCCUUCCCUUGGCGGUGAUGUAAACAAUGAGGAUCCAGAAACCAAGUUGCCAGCCCCUUGAAUUUACCAUAUUUUGUCACUGGUUUAUUUCUACCAUACCAUCUGAUAGUGGACAGCCAAGCGACUUUCCUUUCAUCAUUUCUAUCUCUCUCGAUCAAUGAUUAUUUAUGUACUGCUAUAAUAAUCUGCCGCGUGCUGGCAAAAUUCUGCCUCCCUAGAACAACCAAUGGCAUUUGGUUUGCUGGUAAAUUAUCUCUUGGCUCCGUGUGUUCCCUGUGGCUGUCUGUCUAUAAUUUAUGUUCAUUAUUUUGUUCCGGAGACCGAAGAAUCUGAGGACUUGUAUGUAUCUGGGAUCAAGAUGUGAAUCUCGCAUGUACCAGAUGACAGAACUGUUAAGACUUAUAUUUGUCUGAGGUUAAACUGCAAGACUUUUAUUUAAGCUAGAACUUUGAUCACUAUAGGAUAUGGCAUGAUAUAGCAGGGCUCUUGAGAUGCAUUCUCUUGUGCGUGCUUGGUAACUGUAGUCGUGCAACUGUUGACGGCGUUUGUUCAGAACAAGUGGUUGAUGAAUUUGAAGAUGGUUUAGGGAGUGGGAAUGAUUUUGUUUGUGUGCGUGCGAACUUGUAAAAUCUCCGUGUAUGAACUGGCAAUGCUUUUAUGGUAUUGAUCAUCUGCGGUGUGUUAACUGAGUGCAAAA